AUGGCUCUCGUGUCCAAGAUGGCUCCCAUGGCUCCCAUGGCUGCCACCAUCCCCGCCACCAACGAUUACCCAGCUCCAGCUGUCACGACCAAUACGACGGCAACGAAGAAGCGCAAGCAGUCCUCCGACACGUCAGGCAACGAGGACACCACCAAAAGCCGCAAGCGUACUCGUCUCACCAGCCCCUGCUACUGCUAUACGAAGGCCCCCAAGAAGAACGAAACGAACCCAGUCACCCCCCCUCGUCAGAAGAAGCAGAUCGAGAAGCUUCCCGUCAACUACCCCUUCGCAACCACCGACGAGCAGAUCGACCUCUGGACCCCCGAGGAGAUCGAAGAGCGGGAAGAAGCUCUGCUCGAACGAAGAAAAGAGUUUGAGGAAAGUCUGGCCGCACAGUACGACACGAGCGACGAUGAGAGUCCCGAAGAGGACACGAGCGAAGACCAGAUCCCCUUUGAGGAGCACGCGAGAAUGUACUACGCAGUACCUGAGAAGGAUCGUGUUUAUCUCUACGAUGUUCUCUUCAACAAGUCCUACCUGAAACGGUCAGGUCGGGAGUCCUCAUGA